CCGCUUCCGCUUCCGCCGCCCCGCGCAUCCCCGGGGCCGCCGCUCGCCUGCCCCCGCGCUGCGGCCGCCCCUCGGCCCGGCGCAGGCGGCAGCGGCCGCGGGGAGCCCCGCCGCCAGGAGCCACCCCCCUCCCUCCGCCGCCAGGAGCCCCCGCCGCGCUGCGGAGCGGGAAGCGGGCAGCGGGCGCGGGGCGAGGGCGGGCGGCGGCCCCCGGCGCCGGGCAGCGGAGCGGGGGCGCUGUGAGGGGACGGCGCCUCGGCGCGGUGCCGGUGUCUCCCCCCCGCACCCCCGCGGCGGGGGCUCAGUGGAAGCGGGGCGUCCGGGGGCGUCCGGAGCCGCCCUCCGGGUGGAGCGGGCGAGGGAAGGGCCGCGCCGGGCAGGGCCGACCUUGGGCCGGGCCCGGGCAGGCGGCGGCGCAGCCCCUCGCAGCCGGCCAGCACCGAAGCCCUUCCGUCGGCCGGUAGGUCAGGCGUGGGGGCAAAGACGUGCUUGGCCCUAAUAAGGGAUUAGAAGAUGUUUGAUGAAGCUGCGCGCCGGCCCCUUGAACUGGGGGCCCGUUCCCGCGCUCGCCCCGCUGUCUGCCCGGCUGCUGAGAGGGGUUAGGCUGGCGGGGCCGAGCUGCUGAGGCAUGGAAGGGACGGAGAGCAGGGGCGGCACUUCCUCCUCGGUCGUCGCAGACUGGAGCUUGGUGUUUUGGACUCUGUGCUCUGUGCUCCUGCCGGUGCUGAUCACCUUGUGGUGCAGCUUCCAGCGGUCCCGGCGGCAGGUGCUCAUACGAGGCAUCUUUCGCAAGAGCAAGCAUGACUGGCACUACACAGACCUCUUCGGGCAGCCCUCCUACUGCUGCGUGUGUGCUCAGCACAUCCUUCAGGGUGCUUUCUGCAACUGCUGCGGGCUGCGUGUCAGCGAGGGAUGCCUCAAGAAGGCUGACCGGCUUUUUCUCUGCAAGGAAAUUAUGAUGCGGGGCAGUGGCGGAGCCCGCAGCUCCAUGCCACACCACUGGAUCAGAGGCAAUGUCCCGCUCUGCAGCUGCUGUAUGGUUUGCAAACAACAGUGCGGUACGCAGCCCAAGCUCUGCGACUACAGGUGUGUGUGGUGUCAGUACACUGUACAUGACGAAUGCAUGAUGGAUUGUUUAAAGACUGAGGAGUGUACGUUUGGAGAAUUCAGAGACUUAAUUAUUCCCCCGUACUACUUGUCUACAAUCAACCAGAUGCGUAAAGACAAAAGAACCAAUUAUGAAAAGGUAGCACCUUACUGCAGGAAACACUGGAUGCCAGUGAUUGUACUGGCUAAUACUCGUAGUGGAAACAACAUGGGUGAAACUUUACUAGGAGAAUUUAAAAUUCUGCUGAACCCCGUUCAGGUUUUUGAUCUAAGUAAAAUCGCACCUGCUAAAGCACUCCAACUUUGUACCUUGCUGCCUUGCAACGCUGUCAGGGUUCUUGUCUGUGGUGGGGAUGGCACCGUAGGCUGGGUCCUGGAUGCAAUUGAUGAAAUGAAGAUAAAGGGGCAAGAACGUUAUAUUCCACAGGUUGCAAUUUUACCUCUGGGAACAGGUAAUGACCUGUCUAAUACACUGGGCUGGGGUGCAGGUUAUGCUGGAGAAGUCCCUGUAGAACAAAUCCUACGAAAUGUCAUGGAGGCAGAUGGAAUCAAGCUAGACAGAUGGAAGAUACAAGUAACAAACAAAGGAUACUACAACUUAAGGAAACCAAAGGUAUUCACAAUGAACAACUACUUUUCUAUAGGACCUGAUGCUCUCAUGGCUUUAAACUUUCAUGCUCAUCGUGAGAAGACUCCCUCUCUGUUUUCCAGCAGAAUUAUUAAUAAGGCUGUUUACUUUUUUUAUGGAACCAAAGACUGCUUAGUACAAGAGUGUAAAGAUCUUAACAAAAAGGUUGAGCUAGAGUUGGAUGGUGAGAGAAUCGAGUUGCCCAAUUUGGAAGGCAUCAUUGUCCUGAAUAUUGGAUACUGGGGAGGUGGCUGUAGGCUCUGGGAAGGAAUGGGUGAUGAGCCUUAUCCUUUGGCAAGACAUGAUGAUGGACUUCUGGAAGUUGUUGGUGUGCAUGGUUCUUUCCACUGUGCUCAGAUUCAGGUGAAACUAGCAAAUCCCGUGCGGCUAGGGCAGGCACAUACAGUGAGGCUGAUCUUGAAGAGUUCAAAGAUGCCGAUGCAGGUGGAUGGAGAGCCGUGGGCUCAGGGGCCCUGCACUGUUACCAUAACUCAUAAGACACACGCACUGAUGUUGUAUCACUCGGGUGAACAAACAGAUGAUGAAGCUUCCAGCAUGUCUGAGCAAGACCAAGUGAGAGAACAGACGGAUGAAGAUAUAUAGGUUUUGUGGAAUUUCACGUAAUACAGCGAUGAACUUCAGCUCGUUAAAAACACUGAGAACGCCUAAUCUAGAUUAGGGUUUAUGCCGUAAGGUUCAUGCUCGCGAAUGAACUAGAGCUGAGGAAAAAGCCAUGCUUUCACAUUCAUGAAAACUUUCAUAGCUGAAUUACCACAACUGUUUUGCCUUUUAGAUUGGUGGUGAUGCCCAGCCUUUCUAGCCGGGGGAGGUAGUUACUCUAAUGGCAGGAAACAGACAGAUGCUGCAGCCCUUCCUUGCUGUGGAAUCAGAUCUUCUGCACAUACACAGUCUAGUCUGUAAAAGGUUUGAUACCCUUGGGAAGAGGAAGAGCUGGGAGUCUGGCCUGCUUCCACCUGCCAUCUUCCCCAGAACAGUUCCAGAACAGAAAACCAGACCGAGCAGGGUGUGGGCUGAUUUUUCUGACAACAGCUGCUCCUGGCUGCCUUCUCCUCUUGGGAGCGGGACGGGCUCGUGCAGUGUGUGUCUAGUAGGCUUCACUGGGAGAGCAGAGGUUCUGGGAGCUCUUGGGAAGGUGGUUAGCAAGAAAGAUGCUUUUGGACCAAAGGUGUCUGGAAAUGUUCUGUUAGCGAAUGGCCUGCUUCAGUGGCUUUGUAGGCCAUAGGUAGAGCACGCCUGAGGUCCUGAGUACCCAAGAUACAACUUCAAAAUCAUUCUACCCUGACUUGCACUGAAUGAUCCUGUGACUGACUCUGUUUCAGUUCAGUGAGAGACUAAUUCUAGUUUUUGUAAAUAGCAACAUCUUAGUUCUUGAGGAGGCUUUUUGGAGGAAAACUUGGACAAAGGAGCUGUUUCUUUUAGCUAUGUACCGGAGGGUUUUAAAGAAAUAAUGAUUGUUGGCAAAUGUGGGGGUUUUUAGGCUUGUUAAAGAUCUUCCUUCAUAAUCACCUGAAAAUGAUCAAUAGCAAGUCCGUCUGUCAACUGUUGAGGUCUGGAGGCUGAGAGCUAAAUUUGCAGAGGUUAGCAAGUUCUGACGUUAAUGUGUAAAUUUUUUUGUGAGAAAAAAAAAGCAUGGAAGCAUUUGUUUUCUGACAGGCGCUUAGCAGGUCAAAGAUACCUUGUUGGAUCUGAAACUUCAUUUCCCAUAUGAAUGUAGGGCGAGAAAAAGAUUGGUGGUCUAUACUUGUAGUAAAGGUUAAGAACAAGUACAGAAGUACAUGGGAACUGUCAGUUUGGCGUAUCUGAAGCUUCUCAGGUUAAAAGCUUCUCAGGUGAAACAUCUUCAUGUUUAACAGAAGUAAAAAUCUGCUUCCUUUUUUUCUUGUGUUGUGGGAAUUUUAAGCCCACAGCAGGUGAGAGCUGUGAGUUGAGGUUUAAAAUUUGCCACUAAGUAAUUCAGUUAAGUCCAGCUGAGUUACUGAAGGUGAUCUUCCAGUUAGGAAGAGAAUUUAUGCUGAAUGUAUCGUGCAUAAGCCAAGAUCAUAAGAGAAGUUGAGAGCUUUGGUCUGAACUUUGAAUGUCGCUGCUUUUGUCAGAACUCCCCCAAUCUUUUUUUCCCCACCUUUUUUUCUUUAUGCUAACUGAAAGCGAUACCAUUGCGUAGAGCAGACAAUGUUUCUAGGUUUUGUAAAAUGAAACUGUUUUUCAACAAUCUAUAAAAUGACAUUUGCAUUAAUGGUGAAUGAACUAUUUAUAUUUUAAAAUAAUUUAUUGAAACCUUGGUGAAGUCAGUAUUUUAAAACCUUCAAUUGUAAUCCUCUUUGGAGAACGUUUUUAACUUGACGGUAUUUGUUGUAGAAAGUAUACGUACUAGAUCUUAAAUACUACUGAUUAUCAGUGAAUUUAUAGCUGCCUGAAAAUGUGACUAGAGUGUAAUGAACUGUAAAGCAGAAGCCAUUUGUAAAUCCCAUAUUCAUUAGCCUUACACACCACAUCUUAAUUAUUUUAUUGUAUGUAAAUAGAGUACAAAUUAAUAGUUAAAUCUAUGUAAAAAGUGUUUAAAAUACCCAAAAGUAUACUAUUUUAGAUAAAUCUACUAGCCUUUUUUUUUUUUAGUUAUGAGGUUGUUUGUAUUGGCUACAAAAAUCUUAAAGUUAUUACUUUUUUUAACCAACUUCUAACCAUCAGCAUCCUAAAAAUAGUGAAGUUCUGUGCUAUGGUUCUUACAUAACUAUUGUUUACAAACAAGUGACGAGGGUGGAAAAGCAGGGUACAUGCUAUGAAAGGCAGUAUUUGCUCAAGAGAAAUUACACCUCUGGCUACUUGAUCUAAACUAUUCAUAACACAGUUUAAAAGAGUUACCUGAAGUUGAUCAGAUGAUUAUUCAAAUUGUUUUGUAGCCUAAGAACCCUUACCUAUUCAAAAACUUCUCUCUUUGAACUCUUGACAUCUAGAAAAAAAAACCUGUCGAUGCCACGACUUUGAAAGUCUCCCUUUUUUCAGAAGGUGAGCUGGCUUCUCCACUUGCGCUUUGCCCGAGUGGGUACCGGUGAUGUUCUCGUGUGUUUGUGCAGGCAAGAUCCUCCCGCUUACUGCGGCUUGCCAGGAGUCCAGUCCUAAAUGGGAAAUGUAAAUCCAUCAUUCCUUUUGAAGAAACAAAGGCAAAGUGUAAGUGAAAGUAGUAUCUAAUUGGGUGCUUGUUUGGGGCAAGCCCUGGUAAACGGCCUGGUUUACAUUGGACAGAUCACCCCCUUCGUGCAUGUGGAGCUGAAGAAACUUGUGUUUCACAAACUGACUGUUAGUGAUUGCAGCAAAUGAUAGGUAGCAAACGUAGCCAUUGUGAGCAUGGGGAAGCCUCUCGUAAAAUUGCAUUUACGGUACGGAGAAUCUCCUGUCAGGUUGAAGUGUCCAGCUCCCAGUCAGACCUGGGGUCGUCGUUCUGUUGUAACUAUGUCGCUGUCAUAUGCACGCCAAAAACAAGGUCUUUUUUAAACAUACAGUGUUAGCACUAGAAUCUGUUGGGAAGUCUUGGUGUUUCCAGCAUGCUGUCCUUCCAUUUCAGCGUAUCCUCCUUUCCAGUGUGUUGCAAAUUUGAUUAAAGCCUGUUUCGAGUUACUUCUCUGGAACUGUUCUAGUCCAACUGCAGGCAGUGUCAGCAAUGGGCUCCCAGAUUCUAGUGCUAUCAUAACUGAACUUCUCUGAUUUGUGAUAUAGCUGUAGCUGCUUCAUGUUGUCAGGUGUGGUGUGACUGUAAAACUGUUACGUGCUUGUUUUAAUGCUGUAGGUGCAUGAAGCACCAAUACAAAUAGCUCUUCUGUAGCUCUUCUGAAAACAGAUCGGAAACCUGAAAAUACUGCAGUGCAUUCUCUAUCCAGAAGAGGGUACUCUGCAGAUGGAUCUCCCUUCCUGCACCGGAGAAUUUUCCCUAACCCUGUUAAUGAUUGACACUGGAAAAACAGUGAAAGCGAUGUUUCAAAAAGAAAUAAUGAAGAGUUUCUUCUGGCGGUCUUCAUAGAGUGAUACCUUUGUGUAAAAUGUACAGGGUGAAUAAUAACAUCAAUUGUCAAGCACUCAAAAGCAAAUCCACAAAGUCUUGCAGUUUCAUUGCUGCAUACACUAGCUUAACUGAAGCUCGGGGCUCUGAUAACUUUCUUUACCGUAGGUUCUCAAUCCUGCCACAUGCAAGACAAAAACUCACGCUUGCAUGGAGAGCCUUUCCAUGAGUCGGGCUCCUGCCUUGCUCAAACCUCGCUUGUUCACGCACAGAUUGAUAGAGCGUGUACGCGUAUUUUCAUGUGCAUAGAACUCCUUGUCAUAGGCUCUGUUUUACUUUGUGUUUUCAGCAAUUCAUAGCAGGGUUAAACUGUUUCAAAUGGCACCUGCAUUUUGGAUCUUUCUCCACGUCUGGACUUCUUAAAAAGGUGUCUGAAGGCCAAACUUGCGUUCAUCGUCUUUAAAAACAGCUUAGGGGAAUGGCAUUGAUUUACUUGUUUUUUUUUCUUUUUAAGUAUGUCUGUUGUUCCUGGUGUUUAAAGCAGUUCAGGGUGGUAUUUAGAGCAUACUUUCAACAGCACUUUAGAAUUAUUGCAGUUAUUAGAGAACACGGUCUUGUGUCUUCUUUCUACUGUAAUGGUGAUAUUUCUGUUUCAAAUUUAUUUAGAAUUAUGUUCCAGUUUGAACAUUUUUCCUCAGCUAGCACUGUUAUGAAUUGCAUUUCAUGUUCAUAAUGUAAAGGCUGUAUAGCAUAAUUCCUUUGAUACUUGUUUUAUAUGUUUGCUUUUGAUGUUGCCCCUUCAUAGGGGUUUGGGUUUGGUUUUUUUCCCCCCCCCAGGUCUUGCUUUUCUGAGGCACUACGUAACUUGAAAUAUUGUUUACUUUAGUUAAAAGCUUCAAGUACUUGCUCUCAGAAAACAGACUUGAGUUUCUCCUGGUUGCAAAAGAAAAUGCUACCAUGUUUGAAUACACUUCGAGAAAAUCAUCUUGCUGAGGCAAUGCUUAGAGCAAGAGUGAGUUCCAAGUUUCUUCUGUAUAACUUCAGCUGAUUCAGGCUGAGAAUUUGUUCCCCUGUACGUUUUGUCUUGCUAGUGUAAGUACUUCUUUCCCUCAGUCAUUUAACUACUCGUUUUAUGCUGGCUCACUUCCAGCUAAAAAUGUCAUCGGGGACGGUAUCAAAAGCUCUGCUGGAGUCAGGAUAGUGAGCUUCUCUGCUGUCGCUUUAUCCUUCACGCCAGCUCGCUUGUCAGAAAAGGAAAAUUGGAGUGGCUUCACACAGCUUAUUCUUAGCGCAGUACCCCACCUGCUUGGCUUUUUCACUUGCCAUCCCCACACCUGGAAGAUAUUAGAAAGGACUCCAAAGCUUCCCAGUCCCCCUGACCUAUUUUGAAAGUACAAUUUUUGCUCUUUGCUGCUGGGGAGGAACUUCCCCAUUCUCCACAGGUUCUGAGAACCAGAUAGCUCAAGUCCUGGUUUCAGUUUGGCCAGUUCCUUCUGGUUCUGCGUUAUGUUGCACUGAAGCUCACAGCUUCUGCAGUGUGUGUUAUUGUAUCUCACUGGUUAAAAAACCUUCAAGCACUGUACCUUAGCUGUGAACAGCGUAAUAGUAUCAAUGUUAUAAUAUUACUCUUUUUUACUUGGCCACAAAUGCUUUUUGGUAGAGCACCACUGUAUCCCAGUUAGUUAAUCCGUGGGUAAGAGUAGGACACUUAGGAAUCUUUGCAUGUGUCCUAACUGAAGAUCCUUUUUGUUCUGUAUUUCAUACCAACUGCUAGCAGUCGUCUUCCUUUUGGACAAAAGAUUCAACCUUUUAGGCGUAAACGAGGAUAUCUUCAGAUUUAAAAACUAUAGUGUCAUAGCUGAUCCUGUUGAAUGUGAACCACUUAUUUGAAAAUGCUCUGACGUUUUUUCUUUCUGAGAAAUGAUAGCUGCUUCCUGAACGCCGGAAAGAGACAACAGAGACCGCUUGUUCCUUUAGCAGUUAGGUGUGUUGAGGGAACUUACACAUUCUGUAUUUCAGCUUCAUUUAGGCCGCAGUUCUGAAAGCAUGGCAUGACCGAAAUUGCUUUAUCUCAGAGUGCUGAAUACCCAGUUCAGGUUUUGGGCAUCUCAGGGAGAGACUUACAGCUGGAGUAAAGCCACAUGCCUUGACUAAACCUAGUGAUAUUAUGCUGAUUUACGUUAGCUGAGGAUCUGGCCCUUAACGGUUCAGAAGCAUGAAUGUAUUCAAAAUUUUACUUCGUUUCUCAUUAAUACUGCCCUGUUUACUGUGCUGUAUACUCUUGCUGUAUGUAACUCGUGUUGCACUGUUUCACUUACAACUUGAUUCUAGAUUUCAGCAUAAUUUUCUUUUUAAGAGUAAGUGGGAACUUACAUGGUGAGUUUAUUUUAUCUGUAUCUUCAGAGUUUACAUCCCUCAAAAGCCAUUUUGUCUGCUACCAGCUGUUGUAAUCAUUAGAGUACCUCCAGCCAUCUUCUCUUUCUAGGAUUUUUAUAGUUAAACAGAAUGGAUUUUUAUUUUUGUAGCUUGUAACUCCAAUAUGUAAAGUAGUUAUUUCUAUUUAGUAAUUAGUGAUCAGAAUACCAUAAUCAUGUUAACUUUAAGAGCUGUAACUUUAAAUUAUUAAUAACUACUUACAAGACAAUACCAGCAUGUUAGCAGUUUAAAAAAAAAAUUAUUAUUUAGCUUGGAAAUACUGUGAUGCUGUACUUGGGACUUGUAUUGAAUGUGUUUAUGCAUAUAUUCUGAAGUUGCACUACAUAGGAAAAAAAAAGAGCUUAAAAUGCAAGUAAUAGAUGAAAAAGUAGACUUUAUAACACCUUAGUUUUCUUCAGUCAAGAAG